GCGGUGCACCCAGCAACAGUGGUCAUGCAGUCGAGAUGGUUCGAAAAAACAAACACUCGGCUCGACCGACUGUCGGCGAGCCGUACAAAUAUUUGAUAUUGACUCGCGAUCGCAACGAUAAUAACCGUAUAAUAAUAAAUAAUUGUACACGGCGCUAAUACAAUAUAUUGUAAUAUUGUCCGGCGCGGAAUCGUCAACGCGUUUGUGUGUCUGUUUUCCGUUUUAUCCAAAUACCGUUUCCGCUCAGUGGACACGUGGUGAUUGCGCAGAAAACGACGGCGUCGGCGAAAUGGACGGGUGUCGCCAGUUCCAAUAUCCGAUGCUGGCCUGGACUUACGGGUGUUUCGGCGAUGGUGCGGCCACUGCGCACAAAACAGCAGACGAACCUGCUGUCCACGGCGGGAAAGGGGCGGCGCCGGUGGACGAAAUCCAACAGCUGUCGGACGCCGUGCGCCGUGCGCUCGAGUGUCCGGUGUGCAAGGAACUGUCCGGUGCCAUUUCCAUGUGCUGCGACAACGGGCACGGCUUGUGCGACGAGUGCUCGUACACCAUGAACAGGCUUAACCCGGAUACGCCGCCCAAGUGUCCGCUGUGCCGUUCACCGCCCGCCCGCCUGGAGGAGGACGCAUGCUCACCACAGUCGCCCGCGUCGUUACAGCCGACGGACGAGACGGCGGCCUCAGAUCACCAGUCGCACAGUUCACGGCCAACGGGGGCCGUCCGACCACUGCCGCCGCCGGAGUCCGCCCGCAAGCUGCACGAGUUCAUGUCCAUCGUAAAGGUGUCGUGCAUUUACCGUCCGGUCGGCUGCCGUUACCUGGUAUACGUGAUAUCGGCCGCCACGCAUGAGUCUCUGUGCCCUUACGCCCCGCACGUCCGCUGCAUGGUGCCCUAUUGCCGAUGGUCCGGUGCCUACGGCGAUACGUUCCAGCACGUCGCCUCCGACCACCAGUUUUCAGCCUACGACGUAAUGGAAAACCAGUUCCUGAUGCCGGAUCUGACGUUCGGGCUGCAGGGCCCCAUGCGCCGAACGUACCUGACGAGGAACGUCCAGGACGACAACAUGCUCUACUGGGUGUGCGUGGCCCGGACGACGGCCAGGUCGACGGUGCCCGGCAUCCAAGUGGCCGUGCUCAAGGUGUACGACCCGGAUGCGCCCACAAAGCACGCCGAAGGGCCGCCGGACAUGGUGUUCCGGGUGCGGACUAUGAGCCAACAGGGCUGGCAGAGGCAGAGGGGCCGCUCGCGGUCCGUGUGCUGGGACCGAAUGGUGCUGGACCGCAUGACGCGGGUGGUGGCCAGCGACGGGUACCGAGAAAAGUGCAUAACCACACUGCACACGCCUCCGUGGUGCACUGUGAUCGUGCGCAACAACCUGUAUUACGAAGCCGCAAUCACGUGGAACUCGGUGGUCCGGUAAGCCCACUUGUGGGGCGACACCGAAACAGAGACGGACACGACGCGUCGUCAUAAUUAUUAUUCAUCAUUACUUAAUAGUUAAUAUUACCGUUGUCGAAUAAAUUUCGUCAAAUUUUUAACUGCACGACGAUGGAGGCAAAUGCGCAUUGCAUUCGACCGAUAGAUGUAAUACUUAUCUCAUUGAUCCUUCAUCGAAAUCACCGUCGCCUACAUCAAAAUAUUACUAGCCUCGUGCUACGCGCCUCAUAUGGUUCGACACUUGUUCAGGUGGCCAGUGGAAACCAUAUCG